AUGGGAGAAGGGAGAAGAAGCAAAAAGGUUGCCGUUGUGACAGGAGCCAACAAGGGGCUUGGGUAUGGAAUAUGCAAGAAGUUGGCAGCAAGAGGGGUGACGGUGGUGCUCACAGCAAGAGAUGAGAAGAGAGGGCUGGGAGCAGUUGAGAAGCUCAAACAGUUUGGUGUGUCGUCAGACUCUCUGGUGUUUCAUCAGCUUGAUGUCACUGAUCCUUCAAGCAUUGCUUCCUUAACUCAUUUCAUCACCACCACCUUUGGCAAACUUGACAUCUUGGUAAACAAUGCAGGUGUCUCUCCAGGAACAGUGAACGGCGAAGCUUUGUUCAAAAAAGUUAGUGGGGAGAACAUAGAUUGGGAUGAAAUAGUAAAAUGCAAUGUGGAGAUGUCAAAGCAAUGUGUUGAAACUAAUUACUUUGGUGCUGUUGGAGUGACUGAAGCCCUCCUUCCUCUGCUUCAAUUAUCCAAUUGUCCCACCAUUCUCAAUGUCACCUCUCUUGCUGGACUCAUCAAGCUCAUAAGAAAUGAACGUGCCAGAAAGGUACUAAGUGACUUGGAGAGUCUUACAAGAGAAAAACUUGAUGGGGUGGUGAGUGAGUUCAUCAAGGACUAUGAAGAAGGAACAUGGAAUGAGAAAGGAUGGCCAACCAUGACGCCUGCCAAUACAGUGGCCAAGACAGCCCUUAAUGUGUACACAAGAUUAAUCUCCAAGAAGUACCCGAGUUUCCGAGUUAACUCGGUGUCUCCAGGAUUUGUGAAGACUGAUAUGACUCAGAACUAUGGAUUCUCAACUGUUGAUGAAGCUGCUGAACAUCUCCUGAGAUUAGCUCUUCUGCCUUCUACAGGUCCCACCGGCGUCUUCUUUGAUAGGGACAGAGCCACACCAUUGGAAUAA